CUAAGACUCUCUCUAGAUGAAUAAUCCAAUCAGGAAAAGGAAAAAGUUCUCUGAAAAACAAUUGCUUAAUUUAUGAAAUUCAAAUUUGUCAUAUAGUGACCUAUCAUUGAAAUAUGCUAAAGUGAAAAUAACUGAAUGUCAUUAAAAUAUUAUGCUAUUAAUUAGGUUAGAUUAAACUGAAGAUUCCUUCCCACUUCUGUGAUACCAAAUAUUUUUAUGGAUGGCACAUGAAAAUGUCUUUCCAAUUAUUCCGUUCUUUUUACAUGCACAAUUUGCAAUGACAAGAAAUAAAUUAAGCAUUUACUUUUUAAGGUUAAAAAAAAUGUUCAGAAUUUGCCCCUGUUGCCUGAGAACUCACCCUGAGGGAAGUCUCAGACUUACCCCUCCCAGACUAAACAAUAGACCUUUAAGGUCUCAGGACCAGGGCAAAAUUGGGGUUCCCAAAAACACAGUUGCCAAUUUCUAUUCUAGGGGGAACAGGAGUUAGAGAAUUGGGCCUGAAGUAAGGACCAACUGAGUUCAAAUCCAGCUUCAGAUAUGUACUAGCUCUGAGACCUUGGACAAGUCACUUAUUUUCUGUUUGCUUCAGGUUUUCUAUCUGUAAAAUCGUUAAAAAUAGUAACAACUUCCAGGAGUUAAGUUCAAAUAAGAUAAACUGGAAAGUGCUCAAGACAGGUCUUGGCAAUCCAUUAACCAAUAAACAUUUCUUAAACAUCUGUGUCAUAUAGUUUUACCUAUUUAUUAAUAUUAUUCUUCCUAUAAAAAGGCAACUAUUUACUUACUACUUUUUUGCCAAAUUAAAACAACAGGUGUUUUUGUUGUUGUUAUUACUAUUGUUUGAUUAAGAAAUCAUCUUGUAUGCCCUGGAUCUUAUAGUUGAUUCUUUUUUUAAAUUCAAAGAUAUUUUAUUUUCCCAAUUAUAUGUAAUAAUAAUUUUCAUCUUAUGUUUACAAAAAUUAUAAGAUAUUAUAGUUUAUUCCUCAAUCAGAAUAAUGUUAUUUCUGGUUUUGCUUCAUUUUACAAGCAACAACUAUCUUUUGAGGAGAGGAAAGAGAAGAAUUAAGCAAAGAGAAAUAUUAAAAUCAGUCAGUCAAUGUAAAAGUUAAUUUUAGUUUCUAGUAAUAAAAGUAUUAUUUUUUUUGAGGUUUAUUAAGAUUAUUAGAAAUCAAGGAUACAAAAUAAUAAACAUGUGCCUAGGGCUGAUUAGCCCAUUCACAUUUUACUUACUACAUGUUGCAAUGGCUGAGUAGAGGGAGCCCUUGGGAGACAGAGAGCCCAUUAAAUACUAAAUUGUGAUCUCGCCCAGGUGGAGACUGAGGUGAGAUUAUAGGGAAUUCUUGUAAGUACCAAGGACUUCUGGGGAUUGAAGUCUGGGGUUCAAAUCUCCAUUUUACAUCAAGAAACAAGUAUUAUAUACCUAAUGUGUGCCAGACACUGUGCUAAGGAACUGGGAAUACAAAGAGAGACAAAAGACAGAUCCUUCUCUUAAUAAACUCAAAAUCUAAUGGAGAAGACUAAGUACAAACAAACUCCUUACAGGAUAAACAAAAAAUAAUUAAGAUAAAGAAGGCACCAGAACUAAGUGUCAAAGUAAACUCUGGAAGCCCCAAAUUUGCCCAUUUCCCUUGAGAACUUGCCUUUAAGGGAAGUCCCAAACUGACUUUUUCUUAGACUGAAUAAGGGAUCUCUGAGUCUCCAUUAAGUGUCCUGAAUUGGAGUAAUAGAAAUGCUCAAGUCCUCAAUCACCCUUUUUGUCUUAGAAGUUCCCCUCAUUGUAUCAGAGAUCCUUUCCCAAGAAGACCAACACCUAGCAGGAACCAUUCUUUUUAUAAGCUUUGUAAGUUAGGUCACUCCCUGAUACCCUAGCCUCUAACUACAACUUCUUUCCCAAGCCUGCUUGUACAACUGUCAGUGAAUGUUUGCGGUACUUAAUUUUCCAACAAGGUAUAUAAAACCCCCAAUUUCUAUUGCUCUUGGGAGAAUCAUCUAGCAUGGUGAUCCUCCCAGAGAUAUUGUCCCCAGAGCCCCCAGGGUUCAACUCUGGUAUUUUGUGCUUGACUCCAUGUGGCUCCCAAUUAUUAAGGACCUGUCUCUUUCCUGAUUAAAGACUUGGUUUUACUGACUGCUUUAGUGGUUCUGUGUUUUUCCACAUUGACAUAAGAAAGAUUUGGAAAAGAUUCCAAUAGAAGAUAAGAUUUUCACUACUGAGUCUUUAAAGGAAACUAGAGUAGCUAGGUGAUACAGUAGAUAAAGUACCAGGUCUUAAGUCAGGAAGACCUGAAUUCAAAUGUGGUCUAGCUUUUUCUUUUUUUAACUAGCUGGGUGAUCCUGGGCAAGUCCCUUAACCCUGUUGGCCUCAGUUCCUUCAUCUGUAUAAUGGGCUGGAAAAGGAAAUGGCAAACCAUUCCAUUACCUUUGCCAAGAAAAUCUCAGAUGGAGUUACAAAUGGGCACUACUGAAAUAAUUGAACAACAAAAAAGAAACUAACAGUAUUUUAUAUUAUGGUUUACUUAAAUUUAUAUAUAUAUAAUAUAUUAUAUAUUAUAUAGUAUUAUAGGCUCAUAUAUGUAGAAGGGUAAGGUAAUUCAGAGGUCAUCCAGUCCACGUUUAUUUUAUAGAUAAACUGAGCCCAAAAGAGAGGAAAUGACUUGUCCAAGGUUUCGGGUAAUAAGGAGACAAAAUUUGCUGCCAAGUCUUUUGACUUCAAAUUCAGUAUUGGGUUUUUUUUUUUCCCAUUUGCAAAAAAUACAAAAAAGAGGAGUAUAUGUCGUAUAUACGUUAGAAGCCUGAGAGUUAGAGUUUGAGUUCUUGGUUAUUCUGGUUGCUUUGUAAAGUAAAAUCUUAGGAAGUAUUCUUUUCCUUUCCUUUCUCCUACCCACCAGUAGGGUCUGAGAUGACCUCUGUGAUGACCUACUUUUAUCCACAAGGAACAUCCUGGGAGCAGAGAAUAUUUCCUCGUCUUUUGUCCCACAAGUGGAAAAAUCAAGAGCGAAUUGAGGAGGAUGGGACUAGCUUAGAACAAAGUAUUUGACUUAAAUCCUGAGAGCUACCCAAGCAAAGAGGGGUGUUUUAGGAGUUCAAAACCACAACCCUAGUUGGGAAUACUUUGAAGUUGUUUAUUCACCUCAGUGGAAACUGAAGGGUCAAAAGUAUAUAAACACACAAAUCCUGGCUUUGUUUUCAUGACAUCACUGUCCAGCUCCAAGGGGAGACACUGACUCCUACUUCCAUUGGUUAUUUAGAAAUUUGGACACACUUACACAUCCCUACAAAGUAGGGCUGAACUGAUCUCUAAAUUAAAUAAACAAACCUUGUGUUUUGCAAAUAUACUUUGAAGCAAAAACACACAAUCUGGAGUCUGGGCUUUAGCUGUGUAAUGCCCUCAGGUUGCCAUUGGAAAUGCUUUGUAGUUGAUUAUGGGCAUUAGUUAGUAUAAUGAAGAAUUCUGCUUUGAAAAUCAAUUACCUGCACUGGGUAAAUACUGGGCUUACAGUUCAUAAGCCCACUGGUCCUAUUGUUUGUUUUUUUUCCUGACAGAAUCCAUUGGGGAGGUUUCUUGUGGAGUGGGGAACUAGCGUGACUUGGACUCUGGUUUUCUAGAUCUUGCCUCUAACACAUACAUGGACUCUCACUUUCCCCCUCUGUGCGAUGGAGUUACCCCUAUUGGGAUACCCUCAGUUACCUACCUCAUAGGAACCUUGUGAGGCUGGAUUAUGUUUUAGAAAGUGUGUUGUACCCCUAAAAUAGUGAUAUAAAUGUCAUUUAUCUUUAUUUUAAAUUAUAUAUUUUUAAAUUUUAUUUUUAUCUUUGAAAAAAUUUUCAGUGUCAUUUAUUUUCAGUAAAAACCUCUGUUAUCAGAGUUCUUAUCAGAAAAGGGUUUUAACGGAUUUUUAAAAAUUCUGGGUUGCUAAAACUGUACUUGAAUAUAGGCAAGGUUCAUUUUCUGAUCAUUUAUCACCCAUCACUGUUGACCACUAUUUCGUAAUAAGGCGCUGUCCCCAAACUCAUCUUUCUGCCUGUUUUGGUUUCCUGAGGCAAUGUAUUUCCACAUAACCAACUCCUCCAGGGUCACCCUUUUGUCCCCUGAAGUUCUGCUAUAGACAAAAUCUUCCCCCCUCUUUUUCCUAAUGUACACAAUACUAGUCUAGAAGCCUAGUUCUUAGGAAAAUGUGUUUAUGAUGGUUGGAAAUCCUACUCUCCACUGAUUUUUCCUUAUGAGAUUAAAUUUGCAACAUGUUAACUGUUAGGAUUAAUAGGAUUCAGUUUUGUAAUAUUUCCCUCAUGAAUUGUCUAGUAUUCUCCUUUUUGUUGUUGAAUUUGAGCCCUUAGAGUUCUAUUUGCCCUUUCCACAAUGACUUGCCCUGUCUUUUAAGCUUGUCUACCAGCUGCAGCUGCAUUUCUUUGAAAGUACAAUUUCUAAGCCCAACAAAUUUUUACCUUAAUCCAAUAGAAAGAUUCAGAAAUCAAUCAUGUGAAAUAUUAAAAAUAUAUCCAGAUAAGUAUGAUCCAGGAUGCGACAUUGACAUCAGCUUUUGAAUAUCUCUGACGUCUUCAUGAUUUGUCCAACCUGAAAUCCUUCAGUAACUUUCUUCUUUUGGUGAGGAGCUUUUCUGUUGGGCAGGUCCUAGAGGAGACCUUUCUUAUCUGUGUACCUUGGGCAAGGCUUGCAAAUGGCACUUCUUGGGUGCUGCUGCCUCACUGUGAGUUUGAACUUUUACUGCCACACCUGUGACGCUCUCCUUAUCACAAAAUAAAUAUCGACAUACAUGGAGAGUGGAGUUUUUUUGGCCUGAACAAUAUUUGUAUAUUAUUUUAUAUUAUAUUCUAUAAUCAUCCCUUACUGAACUCACAUCCUCAAGCUGACUUCUCUGCCCACCUCCAUUCUUGUAUCCCGUUGGGUGUAGGAACUCAUAUUUGUGUCUCCAAUGUGCAGGAAAGUGCCAGGCACUUAGGAAGACCUUUAAUACAGUACAUGACUCUUGAUUGGAUGGAUGGGUCACUUGGUGAUAGCAGUGGACUGGGGUCCAAAGCCCCACAAAAAUUUCAAGACAGAGUAGAUUCCUUUUUCACCCAACGGCACUACAGGAGAACCAAAAAGUCCAUAUUUUAUAUAUCUUAGAGAGUUUCAGACUGUUACCAUUAGGAACUGCUUCCCUCCAAUUUCUUAAAUUUGGUUUGGAUUUGAGGGGGGAAAAAUUGACCUUGUAUGCAGAAUAGCUCUUUCGAACCCAACCCUGUGUUUAUUAAAAUCCCUCAGCAAAAUAAAUACUUUAGAAGUUGAAGAUGUUUGAUGUAAUCAAAAUAUUUAUUCUUCUUAUCCUUUGUAACUUUUUGUAGUCACAAAGCAGAACUUAAAAACAGCUGAUUGGAACCCCAGUGAAGGCAGAAUUAUAGCCUGGGGAAAAAUACUUGGUUUUCCCCCUUUAGAUUAUUUUUUUCCCCACUUGUGUAAAUUCUUAUGAUUCUACAGUGAUCCAGACAGUCUCUGAAAAAAAAAAUAAUAAUGGUAGCGUUUAUAUUUGAAAUCAAGGUUUGGCUUUCCUCAUGAGUAAUCUCUGUGAUAAGUAGCUUAUUUCUAUGACCUUGUUGAGACCUGGCAAUUUCAGAGAGAUUAUGUGUAACAGUAUGAAGGAGAUAGUUAGGCGGGUGGUAGUGGUAAGUAAUUAGACAAAUGCGUAAUGAUAAUUGGGAAAGGCUUUUUUUUUACCCAGUUUCUCAUUUGGAAAAAAAUUGGCUAAGCUCCUAUUUCCUUCCCAUAAUUCCAUUUUAGUAGCUCUUUGAUCUUGCUUAGCUAUUCACCAGUUCUGCUUUCUAGAAGCAAUUCAUAAGAAGUAACACAUUUGGCAGUGGUAAUAGGAGCAACUUGGCCUUUUUUUCCUGAACUGUAUGUUCCUUUUUGAGAACUGAGAACAUUUUUCUUUCUGUCAAUGUCUUCCUUCUGGGUAUUAUAGUUUCAUGCUUUAUAAGUAGUAGUUAACCAUUCGCAUCUUAAUUAGUAUUAAAAUCUUUAAAAAAAUUUUAAAUGCAUCAUUCCAGAGACCAAGGUAACUGGUUAUUUAAUUCAAAAUAUUCUUGCUUGGGGCUCAUAUUAAUGAGAAAAAUAAAAUUGUAAUCACAAUGUAAGACUUUUCACAUUCGUCAAACGAGGUGCCGUCUUCAUUAGUAGAAACCAGCGAUGUUUUGUCAUCUACUAAAUAGAGUUUUUUGGUUUAUAUGUUUAAGGUUGUUUGUUUGUUGUUAUUGUUGUUAGUGUGGGGGCAGUUUUGUUUUGUUUGGGGAAGUGAGAGUCCAGAUCUACGAUUUCACGAUUGUGGGACACGAUUUUUCUAGAAAUAUUCUCUAUUGGAAGUCACCUGAGGCAGGGAGAGGUUAAAUGAUUUGCAGCAUGUGUCAAAGAUAGGAUCUGAACCCAGGUCUUCCUGACUGCUAGGCUGGUCCUUUAAUAGGGUGUCUUUCAGUUACCAUUUAUGACUUAUCAAAAUAAAAAUGCUUAUUUUUUUAGGGGAGGGGGUCCAUCUUUGGUAGCUCAGGAUUUCUUUUGUAUCUCUUUUCCUUUUUCAGAUUCUGAUUUCAUGCUUCCCAAUGAAUGCUAGUUGAUUCAGUGGAAACAACACUGAGUAUGGAUCCAAUCAAAGGACUUGGGUUCAAUGCUCUCUCGGACAUUUGCUACCUAUAUGAGCAUGGGCAAGUCAUUUAAUCUAACUGGACCUCACAUUUCUCAUCUGUAAAAUGGGGAACCUGGACUAGAUAAUCUCUGAGAUUCUUUCUGAUAGUAUGGGAGAUCUCAGCUGAUAAACUCAAUCAUAUGAUACUGUCAUGAUAGAUGGGUUAUCCCUCCCCAUGAUAUUUGCUUUGUAUUGGAGGAAAUAGUAUCCAUAUACCAACCUUAAUGAAUAGCUGGGUAGUUAAUGCCUAAGCCAAAGAAAUGAAAUGAUAAUAGUGAAUUUCACAUAUUAUUAUGGAGGAGAGGAGAGGAGAGGAGACAUAGCCUUCCUUCUUUCCCUACUUUGACAAUAAACCAUCCCAGAAGAGGACCCUAAUGCAUAGAGGGGAAAGUUUGUUGUGAGGAGAUAAAACACAGGAAUGAAACCUCCCUCUCCACCUCCCUGCCCAGAAUACACUGUUCCAGGCACUUUUAAGAAAAAGGCAGCCCAUCAUCCUGAUCCCAGUUUCUAAAGAAAUUAGGGGGAGCAGAUUUUCAACAUGUCAAGGAGCAGAGGAAGCUAUUUGAAUGAAGUAAGUGAUUGUUCACUGCCUUUGAGUUCUCCUAUUUGUGGGCUUCCUACAGUCCAGAGCAGUUUAAAUGACUCUUCUGCAUUCCAGUUCAUUGUAAUCUUAUCCAAGAGGAGUGGAGCUAUUUCUUGGUUUAUAGCUGAGGUCACUAGCAGGACGGUGCUUGAACAGGGAGGGGGUUGACGGAAGGAUGUCGUGUGGUUAACAUGAGCUGUCACACUAUGAAAUCCUCAGGGUAAACAUGCACCUUAGUGAUUUGAGUGGACUUCUUGGUGCCUGCCUGGACUGGCUCUUAAAAUAUUCCUACCCCAAAUUAGCUGGGACUUAAUAAAAAUAGGGAAACGUCUUCUUGUUUGCCUUUAAUAGUCACACAAUUAGAUAGAAGAUUCUCUGAAGGGAUUCCUCAUUCUUAGCUGUCCAAGCUAGUCACUUUCCAUCCUCUGAGAGUCUGAAAGUGACCUACCUGUUUGCAUUCUCAGAUUGAUGUUGCCAGGAGCCAGAGCAGCUACUGGCAUUUCUCAAACCAGUGAAUCCUGAUAAAAUGUGGUGAGUGUGACCCUGGGCAAGUCACUUAACCCCCAUUGCCUAGCCCUUACUGCUCUUCCACCUUAGAACCAGUACACAGUAUUGAUUCUAAGGCAGGAAGGUAAGAGUUUUCAAAUAAAUAAAUAAUGUGGCAAAUGAUCAUCUAAACAAACUCUGUAAUUGGUGGAAAUAAGGGUGAUAUAAUAUGAAAUAGCCUGAAUUCAGGCUAUCCCCCAUCAUGAGUGUGGAAAUGGAGAAGUUUUCUGUUAAUUUCAUUUUUCAAAGCUCACCCUGAGGGUGCCUUUGGCCUCCUGGUUUGUUUGCUUUUUUGUUCUUCUGCUGCUGCUGCUGCUUUUCAAGGGUAGACUGUGACUUUAUUCUUUAAUCAGUGUUCUAUUUGAAAACAAAUUUGCAAGGGAGCAUUUCUCACAUUAACAGUGAGAUAAGGGCUGGGGAUGAAGCAAGCCCUGUUGCAAAGGGCAAGUGUCAUGCAGCAGGAAAUCCUGGUUAUCCCUUCCAGCCCCUGAGCUGAGCUGAGCACACUACCUCUCUGGCAGGGCAGCUCAGCCUGUCAUGCAGAGGAAAUUCCCUUCCUCAGCCACAAGUGCUUCAGUCCGGGAACAGGGGCCCCACCAGCCAUGGGGCUGGCCACCAGCUUGGAAUGACUGCUUUCCCGACCUGCUUUGGAACUGUCUCUACAAAUGGCUUUUGUGUCGGAUCCCCUUGGAGCCUCCAUCCCGCGUCUGUCUCCACGAGCCAAAAUGAGAAUGUGCUUCUCCAAGUCCUACAGUUUCGAUGUGGACAAUGGCACAUCUUCGGGACGGAGUCCCUUGGAUCCCAUGACAAGCCCAGGUUCAGGGCUAAUUCUCCAGGCUAAUUUUGUCCACAGCCAACGCCGGGAAUCCUUCCUAUACCGGUCAGACAGUGACUAUGACCUCUCUCCAAAGUCCAUGUCGAGGAACUCCUCCAUUGCCAGUGAUAUACAUGGAGAUGACUUGAUUGUGACUCCAUUUGCUCAGGUCCUGGCCAGCCUGCGUACUGUACGGAAUAACUUUGCUGCAUUAACCAAUUUACAAGACCGAGCACCCAACAAAAGAUCACCCAUGUGCAACCAACCAUCCAUCAACAAGGCAACUAUAACAGAGGAGGCUUACCAGAAACUGGCCAGCGAGACCCUGGAGGAGCUGGACUGGUGCCUAGACCAGCUAGAGACCCUGCAGACCAGGCAUUCCGUCAGUGAAAUGGCCUCGAAUAAGUUUAAAAGAAUGCUCAACAGGGAGCUCACCCACCUCUCAGAAAUGAGCCGAUCUGGAAAUCAAGUCUCUGAAUUUAUCUCUAGCACAUUUUUAGACAAGCAACAUGAGGUAGAGAUUCCUUCUCCCACCCAGAAGGAGAAAGAGAAAAAGAAAAGGCCGAUGUCCCAGAUUAGUGGAGUCAAGAAAUUAAUGCACAGUUCCAGUUUAACAAAUUCCAGUAUCCCACGAUUUGGAGUGAAAACUGAUCAAGAAGAUGGUCUUGCCAAGGAAUUAGAAGAUGUGAACAAAUGGGGUCUUCAUGUUUUCAAAAUAGCAGAAUUUUCUGGGAAUCGACCUCUGACAGUUAUUAUGCACACCAUUUUUCAGGAACGGGAUUUGUUAAAGACAUUUAAAAUUCCAGUAGACACUUUAAUUACCUACCUGAUGACUCUAGAAGACCAUUACCAUGCUGACGUGGCAUAUCACAACAACAUACAUGCUGCAGAUGUAGUUCAGUCUACUCAUGUGCUGCUAUCAACACCUGCUUUGGAGGCAGUGUUCACAGAUUUGGAGAUUCUUGCAGCAAUUUUUGCCAGUGCAAUACAUGACGUGGAUCACCCUGGAGUCUCAAACCAGUUCCUGAUUAAUACCAAUUCUGAACUUGCCUUGAUGUACAAUGAUUCAUCAGUCUUGGAGAACCAUCAUUUAGCUGUGGGCUUCAAAUUGCUGCAGGAGGAAAAUUGUGACAUUUUCCAGAAUUUGACCAAAAAGCAAAGACAAUCAUUAAGGAAGAUGGUCAUUGACAUUGUACUUGCAACAGACAUGUCUAAACAUAUGAAUCUACUGGCUGAUUUGAAAACUAUGGUUGAAACCAAGAAAGUGACCAGCUCUGGGGUUCUUCUUCUUGAUAAUUAUUCCGAUAGGAUACAGGUCCUACAGAACAUGGUGCACUGUGCAGACCUAAGCAAUCCAACAAAGCCUCUUCAGCUGUACCGCCAGUGGACAGACAGGAUAAUGGAGGAGUUCUUCCGCCAGGGAGACAGGGAACGGGAACGGGGAAUGGAAAUAAGCCCCAUGUGUGACAAGCACAAUGCCUCUGUGGAAAAGUCACAGGUGGGAUUCAUAGACUACAUUGUUCAUCCUCUUUGGGAAACGUGGGCAGAUCUCGUCCAUCCUGACGCCCAGGACAUCUUGGAUACGUUGGAGGACAAUCGUGAAUGGUACCAGAGCACAAUUCCUCAGAGCCCCUCUCCUGCCCCUGAUGACCAGGAGGAAGGCAGGCAGGGGCAGACUGAGAAAUUUCAGUUUGAGCUGACUUUGGAGGAAGAUGGUGAAUCAGAUACAGAAAAGGACAGUGGCAGUCCAGUGGAGGAAGACACCAGCUGCAGUGACUCCAAGACUCUUUGUACUCAAGACUCAGAGUCCACUGAAAUCCCCCUCGAUGAGCAGGUUGAGGAGGAAGCAGUGGGGGAAGAAGAGGAGGAGGAGGACCCAGCGGAACCUUGUGCAAUAGAAAAUGAGCAUUCCCCUGACACGUAACAAACAGUGUGAAGACUUUCACUUUCUCCUUUUUUUUUGAGGAAAAAAAAAGUAGAAAAUGGUUUCCAAAGUGCAUGUCACAUGCCACAACCAUGGUCACACCUCACUGUCAUCUGCCAGGACACGUUUGUCGAACAAAACUGAACCUGAUUACUCAGUUUGGCACUCAGGAAUAUUGUAACCAGGAUUUUCACCUCCAUGGCAUCAGAACAAGGGGGACGUAUUCAUGAAAAAGCAUUUUAAUGAGAUCUCAGCUUGGUAGAGCUGAUUCAGCAGCUAGUCUACUCCAACAUGUUUCCAUGGGAGUAUACAGCUUGUCAGCCAGAGGCUGACAUGGUUUGGGGUUCGUUUUGUUUUUAUUUUGUUUUGUUUUAAAUUUUUUUGGAAAUAAGAUGGUAUUACAUGACAUGAAAUUUUGUGAAGUUUUUAGAAUACAACCAGAGCGAACUGAGGUUCUAAUGGAGGAAACAAGGUGUGAUGAGACACAGCAUGAGUCUGUUACCAGGAGGAAGAUGAGCCGCAGAAAUUGCAAAAUUUUCUAAUUUCAAGUCUUCCUGUUAUAUAUGACUGAACAGUGUGGCUCAAAGGGCUACACUGACCUCUACAUUUUGUAUGAUAUGUAAAACAAGAUCUUUUGUAGAGCUUACUUUUAUUAUUAUUAAAUGUAUUGAGGUAUCACCUAUUUAAAAAUAAUAUGUUUGGAACUUCAUCUGCCACUGGUUAUUUUCCCCCCCCUAAGGAGUAACUUGCAAGUUUUCAGUACAGAUCUGUGCUACACUGGAUAAUUCUAAUUUAAUAUUUUUUUGCACCUUAGAGUUAAUAGCAAUGAACUGAUCUGUAGCAAUUCAUUGUUUUAUAUACCAAUGACUUCCAUUAAAAAAAGAAAUCUGAGUGGUAGUAGAACCCUCCCUUUUAAUAGGAUCCAUUUUGCUUUGGGUUUCCUUUAAUUUUUCCCAAAUGAGCAGAAUUGUAUCUCCCCUGAACACUUUCCUUCAUCACAUAGAGUGAGCAAACCUUGGUUCUGCAGCCCUUUAGAGGGUUUUCUAAUUUUUCUGAAAGCAGACCUCACAGAAACAUUGGUUGGUUGAUUGUGGAGUGAAGCUGGAGAUAUGCCUUCUCAGCUAGGUGUUAAACGAGAGUAGGGUCUUUCCUAAAAUGCACAUGAACCAUGCUUGAGAAGGGAUGAUACUACAUGCUUAUAUUCUGUUACAGCCAACUACCUGGAAGGUUCCACACACCUUGGAACCUUUGUUCAAGGCAAUUAGGAAAGAUCUGUCCCAUCAGGACAUUAGAAUCAUUAUGCAUUAGAAAUAAGUUGGUUAUCAUCGUAUACAUCCCUACUGCUCAUUUGUGUAUAUUGAUUGGAAUUCAAAGGAAAGUUGUCAGGUUUUUAGAGAAAGAGGAUGACUACUUGGUUGACUAAGAGAAUGAACCAGUUAUUAGGAAUUUAAAAAGUAUACAUUGGCAGGCCUAACCAAACCAAUAAAUAGGGUUUGCUUUCUAUAACUUUUACUGAAAGAUUUAAAAUCACAUCAGUUUAAAUUGAUGGCUAAGAAGAAAUUUGUAAAAGAGAUUUGCUACCCAUAAGAUUUCCUAAGUGUAGGAAGAGGCUUCUAUCAGUCAGCAAAUGCUAGGGCAGAAGAAAUCUUAGAUACACUCCCUGAGGGAAGAGAGUUGGUGAUGCCACUGGUUAGGGUUGGAGGUGGAAUAUUUGUCAGCAGAAGGCUCAGACCUUAAGGUCCUACCAUAUAAAAUUAGAAAAUGAAAGUUAUCUCUGCCUAGUGCCUCCUUGAAUCAGCCCUUAGAAAUUCCAUUGAGAUUGAAGAGGUAGAUAUUUACUGGGUCGCCAUAGUCCCAACAAAUAUUUGAUUAAAAAAAAAAAAAAACUAUGAGCUUCCCAUCAAGUUGUUUUUAAAGAGGAUCUGUAAAAAGAUACCCAUGAAAGGAGAGAACAAAGGAGCCUAGUUAUGGGAAAAAAAAUAUAAUUUUAAAAACCCAACAGAAUGAGGACCACUAUGAGAAGUAAAUCACUGGCUUGGAGAAUAAUUCUAACAAUUUUCUGUGCUAGCUGGGGGCUGUGGCAGUCUCUCUGGCCCCACUCCAGAUAGCCAUCCUGAUGUUUACAUAGAACUUUCUGGUAGAAAGAAUUCCUUGAAGUUGCUCUAAUAGUAAGUGAUUAUAUCAACCCCAUUCCUGCACAUCCCUCACACCCACAGCAACAAAGAGAACAAAGAUGAACCCCUUUGAUCAGUGAUUCCACCUGAAUUAUUUUGUUGUCGCUUUCUGUUUGGGCUUCAGAGGUUGAAAAAGAUCUUUCCUGCUUACUAAAGGAAAGAUGGGCAGAGCUUCCUCAUUAUCCUGUCUGUGGUUUCUUCUCUUUCCAGCAUGUCCCUUUCAUCCCCAUGAUCCAUAGGGCUUUUUCCCCACAGAGUGCCUGUAAUUUUAAAGAAGCAAUAUAAGUACCUAACCAAGUACAGACCUGAAACAAUUAUAUAGCUGCACUAAAGGAAAAAAAAAAAGUACUUUUCAACUGCCCCCAUGUUGUGAGAGAUAACCACAGAUGGACAAUCAUACCUUUGGAAAGAGCUAGGGAUAUAAUGCAUCGUACAAUCCUCUUUACAUACCCCCUUCUUGCCAAAGUGUGCUCCCACAUCACCUGGCUACUUUAGGAGGAAAAAAUCCUUCUGUGGGUGGCUUUUAAAAAAAAUGCAUGAGAAAGUGGAACAUUUGGGUACUGUACGGGGAAGAAAAGAAUCCCAGUUUGCCUAAAACCAGUAUACUUUAGCUUGCAAGUUACUUAACACAGUAAUGCUGUUUUUAUUUUCAUUGUUUUCCUGGUGGUGUUAAAAAUUCAUGAUGAGAGAUAGUAGAGUUAGAACAAAUGGUAAAGAGAAAAAAAAACUUGAAUGAAAUGGAUUUUACAGAAAGCUUUAUGGUAAUUUUUGAAUGCAUUAUUUAUUUUUUUGUGCCAUACAUUUUUUUCUCACCAAAUGACCUUACCUGUAAUACAGUCUUGUUUGUCUGUUUACAACCAUGUAUUUAUUGUAAUGUACAUACUGUAAUGUUAAUUGUAAAUUAUCAGUUCUUAUUAAAACAUCCCCCAUGACUGGGUGGUGUUGGUAUAUUUGGAAACUCUUGGUGAGAGAACGAAUGGUGUGUAUACAUACUCCUUAUACAUGUUUUUUCCUCUUGUAACAUAGUCUGUGUCACCUUAGAGCUUGUUUAUGGAAGAUUCAAGGAAAACUAUAAAAUACAUAAAAGAUAUAUAAAUAAUAAUAAUUAACAAAAAAAAAAGCUGCAGGUCUUUGGUCCCAGGGCUGUGCCUUAACUUUAAACAAUAUUAUCUUCUGUUUUGCUGCAUUUGAAAGUAAGGUAACAGUGGGGCUAGGGCUGGGCAUUCCAACCAGGUUACUUUGAACUGAUUGGAUUAUGAGCAAUAGCUGGUUUUUACAAAACCACAACCAACCUUGGAAAGUUUAAUCCCCCCUUUGAAAUAUUAGCUCCUAUUUGCAAUGGGGCAGCACUGUGGACACAAUUCUUCCACUAUUGACCAGGAACAGCUUCAGGCAAUCCCUUUCAACCAUUUCCUCAUUUUAAAACACUACAAGAUGAACACACUAGAUAGGCAACGGGGACUUCAAGAGCACUUAGGAAAAUGGCGUGAAAUGAGAAUCACAAAUCAUAUCUACAUAUAGCUAUUUUUUUUCAUCUUGCAAGAGCUGUUACUCUCUCAUCACCUCUCAUCCGGUAACGAUUAUUUUUUAGCCCAGAAAUUUCCUCUAGUAAAUAGCAGCGAAACCUGUCCUUUUCUGCAUAUGAAUCUCUCUGCACAGAGGUUACAUAGAAUAGAAGUGCACAGAGCAAAAAGGACUCCUCUUUAAGACAUAUUCACUAUAGCUGGUAUUUGGAACUUUGGGAAUUUCACCAUUUCUGGUGGUCACCUCCCGAGUGCUGCAUGAAUUUCCUAGUGUAAGAUGUGGGUAGCUCUUCUUCACACUGCUGAUGCCCAGCCCUUGAAAUAUGUGACUGUUCAGUGAAAGGAGAGAUUCUUUUUCAAGGAAAAACAGAGCCUCCUUUUUUUGACACAAACUGUAGAUUUUAGCAGCCCUGGCCCAAAGGAAUUUGAUUACUUUUGUUUUAAAUAGUAUAAAAGGGACAUUAUAACUACAAACAAAAAAGAAAAUCCUGGACAGUUGUCAUUGUUUUUAAUUUGGUUUUUCCUUUGGGUAUGUCUUCAGAGUGGCAACUUGUGUGUGAGUAUUACAAAUGAUUCUCCCGUUUCUUAGCCUCUCUUACAGCCCAUGGGAUAGUACUGUACAUCAAAUACCUUCAUAUGAAAUUUUUAUAUGCAAUGAAAAUAAAAGCAUGGGUUGAUUCUG